AUGGCUACUCCACGACGCAAAGCAUGUGUUGAGUGUCGCCAGCAAAAGAUUCGCUGCGAUGUUGAGCAGCACAAGGUCCCACAUGACCCAUGCGGCCGCUGCAAAAAGAUGGGUUUGGAAUGUCGCAUCCUUCCCACAUCAACCAGAAACUUGCGCCAGACAAAGGCUGAGAUGCGCCGAGAGUUGGAGGAGUUGCGAUGGAACAUGAGGCAAGGCCAGGCCCCCGGCGACCAAAGCUAUCCCCAUUCGACCGCCUCGCCAAAUGUCGACAUGCAGAAUUAUACCCCGCUUGAGCAUGCUUCCGGCACAUAUUCCGAUCCGUCAGGGAGAACCGACGCGUCGGAUUCAAUGUCCCCAGCUUUCGAUUCAAGGCCUCCCACAAGAAAAGGUUCCGACAGCCAGGGUACCAUCCCGCGUGUCCUAGAUGGGUUCCUCCUCGAUUCCAAACGAAUUGACGACUGUUUCGCACUUUACUUCACCCAAUACCACCCGCUGUUUCCAAUUCUUGAUCCCAGCACAGCCCCUAAUGAUUACUACGAUCAGUCGCCGUUUCUGUUCUGGGUCAUCGUUGUCACAGGAUCCCGACGGUAUUCUGACUAUCCCGAGGUGCUUGAGAGAAUUGCUCAACCUGUCACUCAGCUUGCCUUUUCCUCAAUGGCAUUACGCACCUCACAGGUCCCCAUCAUCCAAGGCUUGUUGAUUCUUUGCACAUGGAGACUGCCCACAAACUCGAUGUACAAGGAUACAUCACACCUCAUGUGCGGCUCAGCGGUACAUCUUGCUACACAAAUUGGUCUCCACAUUGCGGGCGUGGGUCAAGAUUUUGCCAGAACGCCCCUCGAGAAGGAUCAAUCCCUCAAGGUGCAGCGCGCCAGACUCUGGUUGUGCUGCGUCAUCGUUUCUAUAAGGACAAGUUGCGUUGAAGGCAUACCACCUCUUGCUGAAUCUUUCUUCGAUGGGGACGAACAAGAGCGCGAGGACAUGGUUCCUUAUCUCCCAGCUGAUCUGCAGUAUCUCCACAAAGUUUUCAUUAUCCUCAUGCGUGCGAUGGUUGCAAUGGGUAAAAUCAAUUUGCAGUCCAUCCACUGUGACGUCCGCGUACUGCGGUCACUGAUUAGCAUAUUCGAUUCACAGCUUCUCAGCUUGGCCCCAUCAUCCCCAAGCGACCUUGACACCUUGCAACUCAGUUGUGCUCGUAUCCAUGUCAUGGCUUUCCAUUUCUUUGCUCACCCAACCAAUCCUGGACCUGAUGCCGAGGGUCUAUCUCGAUUUUAUGCAUUGUGCAUAUCGGUUUUACAGUCAGCAUCGACCAUGCAGACAGCCACGAAAACCCUCUUGUCCUCCGUAUCGCAGUCUUUCGUUGACCGAUCCAUCACACUGGCUGGUUUUACGAUCCUCAGGCUUGUUCGCAGUCCACUCGCGCAACAUCUCGACUUGGUCGCAGGCGAGAGAGCCUUUAGUCAAGCGUACGAAUUCCUGAAGAAUGUGUCUUUGCAACCAGGAGACGUCCACUUCCGGACUGCGCAUAUCAUGAAAGACCUGUGGGGCAGUGAUAAGGUGUUCCGAAAGAAGGAUGGACGCGUGGAGUCGCUAUACCUGAGGUUACGCACCCGUUUGAGCAUGAGUGUCAGCUACGACAUGUUCUGGUACUGGCGAGAAGAAUUCGGCAACAUGCAAAAUCCUUACAAUGGCGAGGAGCCAUCACUCGUCGCCAACGAUGCCGCUCAGCAGAAUGCUGCUCGCCAAGAAUAUAUAUCACACCACCACCAACAACAACAGCAGCAGCAGCAGCAGCAGCAACAACAGCAGCAACAACAACAGCAGCAACAGCAGCAGCAGCAACAAAUCCAACAACAACUGCAACAGCAACAGCAACAGCUGACAGAUCCUUCCCUGAGGCCCCAGCUUCCAGUAACCAAAUUCGAUCCGAGCUUAGUCAACCCUCAAUUACAGCCCGACCCAUCGGUAAUGGGUGGUGGUUUCGACUCCUGGGAUAGCCAAGACUACGCAAUUCCACCUGUACUGGAACAAUUUCCGGAUUAUGAUUGGGCUGCUGGAUUUGAGUUCUCGAAUGCCGAGGUGCCGAAUGUUCCGGUUGGAUCCAUGAACCCCAUGAUACCUGUAAAUGGCGGUGCACCGAACAUGGGAUACACUUAUGGUUAG